AUGAUCAAUCAUACAAUUACAAAGCAAAAAAUUGACUAUUUAUAUCUAUCUAUUUUAGAAGCAAAACCAGAAAAACAUAAACAUAUAGUUAAUGAUACACUUACAUCAAUCUAUAUUUCACCAGAUGGAAAAGAUGAUAGUGAUUGUGGCGCAAUUGGACGACCUUGCUUCACAAUCUUCAAGGGAGAUUCUAAAAUUCGAAUAGGAUCCAAUUAUGUAUUUUAUCUACUUCCUGGGUAUUACGAUUAUUCCAAUACCACACUAUACAAUCUUUCCGAUGUAAAUUUCACAAUGAUUGGUGUAGCAGGUCCAAAACAAACGAAAAUCAAGCUAUCUAGUGGUGGUAGAUUUGUUGUGGUGGUUAGAUCGGUUUUCAAUUGCAUUGGAAUCACUUUUUUAAAUUCAUUUACACCACGCAGCUACAACUCUUUCAAUACAGCACCAAACUUUAGAAAUGUCUAUUCGCGAAGAGCAGGAGUGGAACUCACGGAUUUCAAGUUGACAAUUGCACCAUUCAAAAUUCGAAAUUCCAAUGCAACUUUGAUAAAUAUAUAUUCUUUUAACAAUUCAAUCGAAAAUUUCUUGGCUUCAAGGAAAUCUGAAGUUGCAAUUAUAAACUCAACAUUUCAAUUGAAUGAUCAUGAUAGUUUAUUCGAAGCAAAUUAUUGCAAAUUUACUAUUUACCAAUCAAAGAUAUUCAGUAACGAUAUUAGUGUAUUAGUAUCAUCAAAUUUCUCUGAAAUUAACAUUAUAUCAACAUCCAUUUAUUAUAACAAAUGUGAACAAGGAUUCUUUUUUAAUACCUCAGCAGUAACCAUCUAUAAUUGUAUUAUAUCUGAAAAUGUAUCAAUAUUCGGUCAAUUAAUAUUAGCAACCUCAUAUAUGAACAUGGCAAAUGUUAUAAUUAAAAAAAAUAUAGGUCUUGGUGUAACUAGUAUAUUAUUUCAUAAUUUUGAUAGUGCAUCAAAUGAGACUAUUUUUAGUGAAAACAUAUCCCCUGUUGGUUCUGUAAUAGUGAAUGAAGCAAGGUCAUUUACAAUUUUAAACACCCUUUUUACUGGACAAACCCCUAUCGAUACAACCUCAAUUUCGAUCUAUGGAAAUGGUGAACUAUUCGCUCUCAACUCUGUUUUUCAUAAUUUAACUGGAACUUGUGUGACAUCCGAUUCACAAUCUAUUAUUGUGUUUUCUGAUGUUUCUUUUUUAAAGGUUCAAGGGAAGAUUGUUCAAUCUUUUGGUAAAGGUGAAGUAUUUUUUGGAUCAUGCAUUUUCGAAGAAAAUACAGCAUUUGACCAUUUAAUUUAUCUUUCGAAUAAGGUCUCUGCAUAUUGCUUUAACUCACGAAUAAUUUCCAACAAGUGUGCUUCUUUUUUCGAAAUUAACUUUGAAUCAAGUUUGCGUGGUGUAAACAUGAUUGCUUUAAACAAUUUCUUCCAAGAUGCUUUGAUUACCGGUUCAAAUUCCUUUGGUAUAUCCCUUCAAUAUUCUUCUUUUAUCAAUAACCUAGGAGUAUAUAAAGGAGUAAUUUUUCAAAUCGAUCAAUCCGGUUCUAUAAAUAUUACAGAUUCUCUAUUCUAUGGGAAUAAAUCACCGUUUGGUACAUUUAUCUACUUUAGGAAAAUUGCAACUCGAGGAUGGACCGAAUGUAAUAAUAAUUUCAUGAGAAACACUUUCAAUACCAAUACUGCUUCAUCAUCUGGCGCACUUGUAUACUUUGAAUAUAAUGUCACUUGCCCAUUCAUUUGUGAGGAAUGUUUUGAAAGCCACAAUGUUGCAACCUUUGGAGACUUGGUUAACAGUGAAUAUUGGAACUUCACUGUGUUGGCUCCCAACCACACAAAUACUCCGCAAAACUUUCAAGUGGUAAUCACGGCAUUGGAUGCGUUUGGAAAUCGUGUAUUAGGAAGGAAUGACGUUAGUUUUUUGGUUGAUGAACAGUGUCCGAAUGUCAACCUCACUGGUAUAAAGACAACUAUACUCAACAGCAAUGGUAUUUCAAUUAUGUAUAACUUGCAACUCAGUGGCGAACCAGGAACAUCUUGUGUUCUCAAUUUCACAUCAGAUCCACCAUCGAAAACUGGACCAGUUUAUGUUAAUUUGACCUUGGACAUAUGUACAGAUGACCAUAAAGUGGUAUCAUAUCAAUCUCAAUUAUAUUGUUUAAAAAAGGGUGGAAUAUCUGAUAUAGUUAAGCUCAUUAUCACAUCGUUGAUGGUAGUAGAAUUCAUAAUUGUCAUAAUAGCUAUGAUAAUAACCAUUAUCUAUAGAAACAAUAGAUUGAUAGUUCACUCCAACAUUAUAUUUCUGUUGACAGUAUUGGUUGGAUGCCUUUUACUACUUGGAUCGAUUAUAACCUCUGAAAUCACUGCUGAUAUUACUUGUAUCUUGAGAAAUAUUAUUAUUCCUGCUGGUUUGUUUAUCACUUCUCUAUCUGUCAUUGCCAAACAAAUUAGAUUAUGGAGUAUUCGAAGACAACUCAAUUUUCAAAAGAAAACAUUGAUGAAAACCAGUUAUUUCUUCAAAUGUUUUGGAAUUUUAUCAAUUGUACCAGCAAUAAUAAUUUCUCUAAAUGCAAUUGUCUCGCCAUUAAAACCAACUGAUAUUAUAAACUUAAAUAACCAUUCAGUAACCCAUGUUUGUACAUCUCAACAUGGAGUUAUCUAUGUAAUAAUAAAUCUCGUUUAUUUAGUUUUAUUAUUAUUGGUUUCUUGUGUAUUGAUUUUUUUAAGCAGAGACUAUAGAUCAUCACCAGGAACUUUUAAUGAACCAACCUAUAUAGCAAUUUUAAUUUACAAUUAUUUAUUAUUAAAACAAGCCGUUGUUUUAUCUAUGAUGAAAUUCAUAGAGGAACAAGAACAACAACUUGAUAGAAAUAGAGACAUCUUAAUGUUUUAUGAAUUGUAUGGAAAUGAUGAAGGAAAAUUGAAUUUUGCAAAUCACAAUAUUUUCACUCCUGAUACUCCGUCACCAUCGAUCCAACACGGAUCAGGCCAUAUCAACCCACCGAAUGACAACAAUAACCUGCACAAUAAUAAUAGUAUUAUUAUUAACCAAUACAACAAGAAUAUAUCACACGGUCUACCCAGUCCACCAAACAAAUCUACUUCCGAUUCUCCCAGUAGUAUCCCUUCUGAUACAAUACAAAGAGUUACCAAUAACCAUAUCAAUAAUAAUAAUAAUAAUAAUCAUAUUAACCAUAGAAAUAGCAUUAAAGAUUUAGAUGCAAUUUAUGGAUCUAUGGCAUUUAAUAAUGAGGAACCUAUGGACAGUCCUUUCACAAAAUCAUUGAAAAGUAAAUUCUCCGCAUCACCUGACAACUUGAAUACCACCAAUAACAAUAACAACAAUAAUAACGAAACAAUACCCCAAAGAACAUCGGUAUCCACACCAAAUUCACCUGUAUCAAAUUUUAGGAGAACCUUUGCAUUGACGAAAAAGAAAAAGAACAAGAAAUAA